AUUUAAUUCCGCCAUUUGUAACACUGCAAACAAUUAGUUGCACAAUUGGUCCAGGUAGUAGGUAGUGCCAGCAAGAAAGGACCAUACAGAAUGGCAGAUGGUGACAAGAAGCCAACAGCUGAGAGCGCUGGGAUAGGGAUGAAAUUAACAAUAGCUGGGAUAAAAAAGAAGUUUCCAACUGUAAAAAAUCUCUCUACAGAGGCAUUGUCAUCUCUUAUGGAAUCUGUUCAACUAGAUUCUUCAGCAGUGUCAGACAGGAAAGAGAAACUGUUGAUAUUGGAUUCAAGACCAGAUGAAGAAUACACCGUGGGUCAUAUACCAGGAGCAAGAAGAGUUGAUUACCAAGCAGAUCAAGACUCUCUUAUUUCAGCUGUACCAGAGUUACAGUCGCCAGAUGGUGAUAUGACAGUGGUGUGUUACUGCUCUGUUGGGUACAGAUCUUCCGUUGUGGCACAAACAAUUUCGGAGUAUAUUAAAAGAAAAGGUAUUCAGGACAAAGACAUGGUAAAAGUGUACAACCUCGAAGGCAGUAUAUUUAAAUGGGCCAAUGAAAACAGGCCAAUGAUAGACAGUAGAGACAGGAGAACAAUUUAUACACAUCCCUAUAAUGUUAUAUUUGGUAAACUAUUGAGGAAAGAACUACGGAAAACAUCUUUAGAGGAGGACUCUUGAGCAAAUCUCUUGUGCUCCCUUCUUUGUUUUGUUCUUGUACUCUUAUUGUGUGGUAUGGGAGACAUAUUGAAUUACUCCUGUCUCUGUGUGUGUCAGUCUGUGUGUCACAAAUCUUGUCCACACUCUAAGUCGUACAUUUCUCAUCCGAUCUUCACCAAACUUGAACAAAAUGUGUUUGCCAAUAAGUCCUCAGUCAAGUUCCAUAACUAGCCAAAUCGGCCCAGGCACUUCGGAAUUAUAGCCCUUGAAACUUGGCUUUGAUAAUCAAAGCAUGAGAAGUCUGAUAAGGCAAUUGAGGUCUUGAUGCAUACUAGUAUUCAGAUGAUUAGGCAGUUGUGGGAGACAUGCGAUGCGCUUUUCUAAAAAUCAGUUCUAGUUUGAGUACAUUUCCAUCAUUUAAAAAUCCAUACAUUUAAUACUGCUUUAGCGUUUCAUUUGUGAGAGGCAUUGUUAUUGGAACGUGGCUGUUACUUUUUGACAUUUGUCCUUGUGUUAUUUACAUCUUUUAUGACCAGUGAACAAUUAACUUGUCUUAAGAAAAUCUCUUUAGUCUCUUAUGAAAUAUGAUGUGCAUGAUAUUUUAUGUGCAUUGUAUUUUGUUACGAAAAUCAUUACAGUAGGGACAUCCUAUAGGCCAAGUAAUUAAGUUCGAAUUACUUAACAUGCACCAAUAUGGGUUCGAAACCUCUGGGCAUUUAAUUCUUACCAAACCCCUAGUCUCUUCCUUAAUUCUUCAUGUGAGGAAGCCUUCCAGCUCGCUUAUGGAAGGUAGGUGGUUCUAUCCAUGUGCCCGUCCCUGCAUUGAAAUAUAAAGCUAUAAGAGUCGUAUGGAGUAUUCCUCCACUAUCAAAAGCUAGAAAAGUCACAUUAUGACCUAAAUUGUGUUGGUAUGACUCUAAACCAAACUAAAACAAAACAAACACACACUUCAGCUGGCUCAAGAAGAAUGUGCUGUUGACAUGAGGAAGAAUUGACCUCAUGACCGAUAUUGCAGAAAAUCGAUAUCAGGGGAGACAACAGCUAUUUGGUAUUGGUAACAGGUGGCCGGUAUUGCGAUGUCGAUAUCUACUGCCUCCGGGUAUUGUCACCUGGAUGUUUAUUUCAAUAUCAAGUGUAAUAAAAGAGAAGGUUUUUCAUAAGAUAAUUAAACAAGCUUAAUUGAAAUGUCACUGGAGUUACAAACUAUGGAAAAGGGAUUUUUCAUUAGAAAUAAAACAAAUCAUUUUUAUCAAAAGAAUGUUUAAUAUGUAAUUUUCUGAACCAUAGCAUUUUUAACAUGUUAUUUUAUAAUAAUUAAAUUAAUUUUUAUAUCAAUAUAACAUAUCUAUCAGCAAUAAAAACCAUAUUUUCAUAUAAAAUUAUUUUCAUACAUAUUCUUAUAUAAGAAGAAUGUAUAUUUUAACAUGUUUUCGAAAAACAAUGUAACAAAUCGGGUGAACAUUACUACCUGUAAACCAUUUAGAUUCAAGUUAAAGGCAAAUAUCAA